AUGAUAGGAAAUCCCCCGGCUCCAGAGGAGGUCCAGGGGCCCCUUGACGAAGCCCGACAACUUGUCGACGCCCUCAAUGCUCCUGGGAAUGCGGGACUUGCUAAGUCCAUCCAGGAGAGAUUGCAGGUGCUGCAGAAGUCAGAGGCAGGGUGGGGCAUUGCAGAUGGCCUGCUAGCUAGUGAUGACACCAAUGCGAGAUUCUUUGGUGCGCUCACCCUGACCAUUAAAAUCCACCAAGACUGGGUAAAUCUUGGAGAAGCGAAAGCCAAAGACCUCCUGGUGCAUCUGAUUAACAUCUUUAUACUGUUAAUCACGAGGGAUGAAGCCUCCAUCAUCAUGAGAAAAUUUAUGACCACCUUGACAACUUUCUUCUUCAAGCCCAGUGCACCCUGGACACACUGUGUGAGACAGAUCGCCAUGUCUGUGGCUAGUGGAAAAUACCUUCUAGAAGACCAAUGUGACCAGGAAAGUUUCGACAAGCUUGCUCUGCCCUCGUUCAGUUGUGAACGAAUGCUUACACUGCUAUCGUUUUCCACAACCUUGGCAGAGGAAUCGUUGCGGUACACUUUAAAUGAAGAUCUCCGAGAUCGUCUAGGGGCCAAUCUCAGAGAUGCAUUUUACCUUGUUGAGUUCGUUCUACAGCAGACAUCCAAUCUUACCGCAGGCGUCAAUCAGGUUCCUCUCUCAGAACAGCUAAAUCAAUUAGCUAUUGAAGCGAUGAAGUCUUUAAACGCAUGGCUCAUUGCAGUUAGGGGAGACCGCCUUUCCCUUGAUGGUCUUUUAGCGGCAGUUGAAGUCUCUUUGAAUUAUUCUGUUCAGUUCUUAACAGUGCCUGAACUUUCAGAGAUGUCAAUGGAACUUCUGGCCGAGAUUCUUAAUAGUCAUGCAAAGUUAUUGACCAGUGAGCACAUGGCAGCGAUUUUGCAAUUCCUCUCAGGAAAUUUCGGUGAAAAAUAUUCGUUGGCUCUGUUGAAGGGCGAUUACGAGGAGGAAAAUAUGCGAUUCUUGGACUUAUUGCUCCGAUACGCCACGGCGCAGCAAAUACAUCUCCUAACCGGCGAACUAAAUGAAGAGGACCGAAGAAUCCUGUUUUUGCUUCAUACUCUUUUCCGCGGACCAGGGUUUGUAGAAGUUGACGACAAAGCAAGCACAUUGCUUCUGGAGUAUUGGACAGAGGCCGUGGAUGAUAUUAGCGAUUACGUCAUGCAGGGCGAAGCAGAAGUUGAGCCAGGGCGUAUAACGGGAGAGUUUGCUCAAGUCAUCGCUGACUGCUAUGAUAAACUCCGAUAUCCCAGUCCAUCAGUGCUAACUGAGUGGGACGAUGAUGACGUGAGGAAUUUCAAUGGAUUUAGGCGCGACUUUGCCGACUUCUUACUCUCUACCUAUCCACUUCUGGGAUUUGGGCUUAUUGAAAAGCUCGUUGAACGAGCAACCGAGUCGAUAAACACCCAAGUAUGGGACAGUUUUGAAGUUGCGAUAUUUUGCCUUGCCUUCAUGGCUGACUCGGUUGCGGAGAGCGUAAAAGUGGACAAGCUGCUCUUCAAUAUUUUCCGUUCAGAAAUAUUCGAUGGCAUUUGCUUCAAUCGGAUUUCAAUACCGAUGAAGCCCCGCCAGACUCUAUGCGACAUGACUGCAAGGUAUACAGUAUACUUUGAACGAAACCAUUACCUUCUCCCACGCAUUCUCAACUUUUUAUUUAAUUCCCUAGAUGCGCAAUCAUGCGAUCAAGCUGCCUCCAAAUCAAUUUCCUUUCUAUGCCAGAACUGUCGCCAAGCGCUCCCGAUGUAUGUUGAUGAUUUCAUCAAUAAAUUUGAUCAGCUUCGUUCCAGUUCUGCAGUUAAUGUCACUACCCUUGAGCGGGUAUCGGAAGGCAUUGCAGCAGUUGUACAAGCUGCCACUUCAGAUACAGCUAAGGCGACAUAUUUGAUCAAACUUUUGAUGCCCCUCCAUCAGCUAGCAGAACAAGCUCGACAAGAAGUACAAUAUAAUCAGUAUGAUGAUGCUCUUGAAAAGGGUAUCAAGGCGAUGCGUUGCACUGCAAGUAUAGGGAAGGGGUUCCGGGCUCCUCCUGAUGAUGCUGUUAUUGACCUUGAUUCGGAGCCGCCUUCCCCUGAUGCGAAGAAUUUCUGGACUGACAAUGAACUCGGGCAAACACCACAAGCAUACAUCAUUCAGAUCCUUGACAUACUAAUAGGCACAUUCCCGAUGGACGGUGACGUAAUUGAAGCUGCUUGCGACGUCCUCAAGGCCGGAUACACAGAGUCUACUCCCGGCCCAUAUGUACUGCCACCUCAAGUUACUAUCCGCUUCAUUAAAACCGCCAGUAUUACCUCUCCUCGCUUCCCUACUAUCAUGGCAACCGCCUCAGCAUUCUUAGCAUCUCACUCCGCGAACCCCUCCGCAGUCCAAAGCGAAGCCACAGAACUAAUAAUUCACGUCUACGAGCUGAUGAACUUCAUGAACGCCCAGCCCACCCAGUACGACCCGGAAGUCGCGCAUAGCUGCACCGACUUCCUCAACUUAAUGCUACCAAAGCACAAAGCGGCGCUCUUCAACCUAAUCCACCCACCAACACCGCAACACAGCCCCGUCAUCCCCACUAUCCUCACCUUUACCAUGGCAGUGCUCAAAGGACCAGACCCACUCCCACUCCGCUCCGCCUCAGCCUUCUGGUCCACCCUCUUCUCCCUCCCAGAUCUACCACCUGAACUCCGGCCAGGUCCCGGUAGCUCCACUGUUAAGCACCCAGCCGCCGCAACCGCGGUCAUACCCAAUGACACGAUUCCCCCAACAGCCCACUUUUUCGACACCUGCCUCUGCUCCCUCGGCAAAAUCCUCAUGUACCAGGUAUCCGGGCACUGUGCGCGCUCGGAUCUCGACCACCUGUCUGAGGUUAUCAAGAAAUUCGUAUUCCACUGCCAGGGCGCGGCGCGGGUGCAUUUUAGGAAUGCUCUGGAGGAGUUAGGGGUUAAUAUUGCUACACCCGGGGGUAGCGGGGGGAUAGGACGGAUACCUGAGAAGGCGGAGCGGGAGAGGUUCUUGUCGUCGAUAAUCUUGCAGAGGGGUUCGAAGGGGACGAAUCGUGUUGUGAGGGAUUACUGGAUUGCGUGUAGGGGGAAGGGGUUUGAGUAUGCGAGUUAG